UAAACCAAAAUUCACUUAUGAUCCCUUCAUUGCCAAACACAGCAAAUUGCUUCUACCUUUACUUGUAAACUAAAAACAAUCACUCUCCCCUCUCACUCAAAGGUCUCUCAAAAUCAUGGACAUGGAAAUCGACUUCAAAAAUUAUCAACUAAGCCAAGAACUCCGCGGCCACGAAGACGACGUUCGCGGUAUUUGUGUUUGCGGAAAUGCGGGAAUAGCGACGUCGUCGAGGGAUAAAACGGUGAGGUAUUGGGUACCAGACCCGACCGACAAACGCAAGUACGAAUCAUCGAAAAUUCUGUUAGGGCAUUCGAGUUUUGUGGGACCAUUGGCAUGGAUUCCGCCGAACCAGGACUUUGUAGAAGGUGCGAUUGUGUCUGGUGGAAUGGACACGAUGGUGCUUGUUUGGAAUUUGAGUAACGGAGAGAAAGUUCAGAGCUUGAAAGGUCAUCAUUUGCAAGUCACCGGUGUUGUUUUGGAUGGCGAAGAUAUUGUUUCUUGCUCCGUUGACUGUACCUUGAGGAGGUGGAGGAAGGGUCAACUUGUUGAGAAUUGGGAGGCUCAUAAGUCUGCAAUUCAAGCAAUUAUUAAGCUGCCAUCGGGCGAGCUUGUUACAGGUUCAACUGACACAACUUUAAAACUUUGGAAAGGGAAGACGUGUUUACACACUUUUGCAGGGCAUUCAGAUACGGUUCGAGGCUUAGCAGAGAUGCAUGGAUUGGGAAUUCUUUCUGCAUCGCAUGAUGGCUCCAUCAGAUUAUGGGCUUUAACUGGCGAAGUAUUAAUGGAGAUGGUUGGUCAUGCUUCAAUUGUCUAUUCAGUUGAUUCGCAUGUAUCUGGACUUAUUGUUAGUGGUAGUGAAGAUUGUUCAGCAAAGAUUUGGAAAGAUGGAGCCUGUAUUCAGAGUAUAGAGCAUCCUGGUUGUGUGUGGGAUGUCAAAUUCUUGGAAAAUGGUGAUAUUGUGACAGCAUGCUCAGAUGGAGCAGUACGUAUUUGGACUUCAUAUCAGGAGAGAAUUGCAGAACCAGCAGACCUUGACUCUUAUGUCUCCCAACUUUCUCAAUACAAGAUAAGCAGGAAGAGGGUUGGGGGAUUGAAAUUGGAAGAUUUACCAGGCCUUGAGGCUUUGCAGAUUCCAGGAACCACUGAUGGCCAGACCAAAGUCAUCAGAGAAGGGGACAAUGGUGUAGCAUAUGCUUGGAAUUUGAGAGAACAGAAGUGGGAUAAAAUUGGAGAAGUUGUUGAUGGACCAGAAGAUGGCAUGAAGCGUCCCGUUCUUGAUGGAUUUGAAUAUGAUUACGUAUUUGAUGUUGAUAUUGGUGAUGGUGAGCCGAUUCGCAAGUUGCCAUACAAUCGAUCAGAUAAUCCAUAUGACACUGCUGACAAGUGGCUUCUCAAGGAGAAUCUUCCUCUUGCCUAUCGUCAACAGAUUGUAGAGUUUAUACUCCAAAAUUCUGGACAGGGGGGAGUUGCACUUGAUUCAUCAUUCCGUGACCCGUUCACUGGCGCAAAUGCUUAUAUACCCGGAGGAUCUUCUAGCAUGUCUGUUGUUUCAGCAAAACCUACUUUCAAACAUAUUCCCAAGAAAGGAAUGCUUGUUUUUGACGUGGCUCAGUUUGAUGGGAUCCUGAAAAAGAUCACAGAGUUCCACAAUUCUCUUUUAUCUGAUCCUGUCAAAAAGGACCUGUCUUUGUCAGAGCUUGAGAUAUCAAGAUUGGGUGCAGUUAUUAAAAUUUUAAAGGACACAUCACAUUACCAUACAAGUAGAUUUGCAGAUGCUGACAUUGCUUUGCUGCUGAAAUUGCUAAAAUCUUGGCCACUGGCAAUGAUAUUUCCAGUUAUUGAUAUUCUGAGGAUGCUUGUUCUACACCCAGAUGGGGCGACUGUACUUCUCAAGCAUGUUGAAGAUGAAAAUGAUAUCCUGAUGGAAAUGAUCAAGAGAGUUACAACAAAUCCUCCACUUCCGCCAAACCUUUUAACGGGCAUCCGUGCUGUGACUAAUCUAUUCAAGAAUUUACCCUACCAUACCUGGCUUCAAAAGCACCAGAGUGAGAUUCUUGAUGUUUUUUCAAGCUGUUAUUCAUCUCCCAAUAAGAACUUGCAGUUGUCUUAUGCUACCAUGAUACUCAAUUACGCCGUGCUGUUGAUUGAAAAGAAAGAUCUUGAAGGCCAAUCUCAAGUUCUUACAGCAGCUAUUGCGAUUGCAGAAGGGGAAAAUAUUGAAGUUGAUUCAAAAUUCCGGGCUUUAGUUGCUGUUGGAUCACUGAUGCUUGAUGGUCUGGUGAAAAGAAUUGCAUUGGACUUUGAUGUUGAGAAUGUUGCGAAAACAGCCAAAGCUUCUAAAGAAACGAAGAUUGCUGAAGUUGGAGCUGACAUUGAACUGCUAACAAAACAGAAGUGAAUGUUGGUCUGUGAACGUCAAUCGAACCAUCAGAAGAAGGGGUACCUGGCGCACAUGAACUGAACUAUCAGAGGCAACAUCUUCAAGGCUAAGAGAAAACAGAAUUGGCAAGCACAGCAAGUCACUAGAUUGAAAGAAAUGCCGAGGAGGAGUAAAAAAAUGGAGCUUCGUAUUUUUAAAAAUUCUCAUUUGACAUUACGUUGUAACAUAAACGAGGACGCAGGACGAUGUUAACAGAUACGUUCGCCGCAGUAACAAGUAAUCUUCAUGCUAUAAAGAAUCCGGGAACAUGAAAAUAUAAGCCAAACCUUGAUUGUCUUUUAAU